AUGGACGCUGAGGAUAAGUCUGUUACCGAUGUGCGCGAGGGGAAUCCCACGGCUCCAGUGAAGACCGACGACCCUAAAGCGCCGGCCGAAGGCGGUGCCAAAGCAGUGGAAGGCGAAACCACGACCAACGACAGGUCUGAGGCCAAAAAGAAAUCCAUCAAAGGGAAGCGCUCCAAGAAACACUCCAAGCGCAAAUCGAAGAAAUCCAAAAAGGCCGUGUCGCCCGAGUCUUCGUCUGGCUCGGAUAGCGAUGACGAUGAUGAUGAUGAUGGCGGUGGAACUACUUCCGCGUCAUCUUGGGACGACGACCAGUCCGAAACAGAAGCCCCAAGGAAGAACCGGGUGGUUAAGAAGCGCCAGGAACCCCAAAAACCCAAAAAGAAGGCGCGCACAAAGAAACAUGGCAAGGCCCUUUCCCGAGUGGCAGAGUCCGAGUCAGAUUCCGAUUCCGAUUCUUUGGACAGCGACGGAAGUGGCAGAUCAGACAACGACGAAAAUCAGAAGACCCAAGCCAACCUGGCGCAGCAAAUCCAACAACUUAUUCUGCUGCAGCAGCAACAGCAUCAGCAGCAGCAAGGCGGCGGUUCGUACGGGUACCCAUCAGGUCACAGUAACGCCGUCCCCCCUCCCAUCUACGACACUGGGCUCCGGCGUAGCCCCCCAAGGCCCCGUCGUGGGGGGGUACGCUCCUCUGGGCGAGCAGCCCUCAACCUCGGUGGGGUUGACCCCAACCUGCUCUUGGAUGCCAACCAGUCGAAUGACAAGAAGAAGCGGCAGAAAGCAACAAAGCUGGACUACAAGCGCGUUGACCAGGUGUGGGACGAUGCAAUCCACAACUACAAGCUCCAGGACACAGCCGAAGGAAAAGUUGACGCUCAGUACGAAGAGUUCAUCUUUCAUGUCCGCCGGACUUUUGAUUGGGAAGGAAAGUACAAAGCUACCAUUGUUGACAUCAAGAGCAAGUUGCUUCGAGAGUGCCUACAAGAUGUCAUAGGGGACAUAAAAGGCGUCAGCUUGGUCGACGACACGCCCAAACUCGACCCCAACAUGCUCUUCCUGUACCUCGAGGAUCUUCGUAAGCACUCGAAGGAGCUAAAGAAGACAAAGGCGACCAAGGGCGACAAGCAGGAGCGCAAAAAGGAGCAAAAGCGCAUUGAGCAGAAGCGCCAACAUCUGAGAGUGCUCGUCAAGUACAUCAACAAAGACUAUGCUGAUAUCAAGAAUAGUCUCUACCCCAUGCUGGAGAACGGGUUGAUUACAUUCGACCUGCUUUGGGCCUUGUGGAAGCCCAAUACAUUGGCGUAUACGACCACAUACGGCUCGCACGAUGAACCCCGCGUUUUCAAGGUGGAAAUGGCAGAAAAACAUCACGGCCUCAUGAAAGGCGACUACUACUACCUCGAGGGCAAGUACUUUGAGUAUGACGGGAAGCAGUACGGGUUCGGGAACGUCGCCGAGGAGAUUGGCGAUUUCCGCGGUGCGCGCAAGAUUACCGGCCUCGCAUGCUACCCCCUCAAGUACCACAAGAACGAAGCACAGCUGCGCAAGGAUCUGAUCGAGCGUGGCAAGAAAUUUGUGUCACUGGGCGGGGUGCACUACAAGAGCCACCAGGGCAUGGCCUACUACAAAAAGAAGAAGUCCAUCAUCAAAGUCAACAUCAACGGUCGCAUCAUGGUGGAUCCCAGCAUCCACCGGCGCAUCAAUCCCAACUAUCCAAUCUCCCUUGUACGGCCAAAGGACCAUGACCUCCUCUCCGACGAUGAGGGCUCGGACAGCGAAUCCGGUUGCUGCGGAUGCGACUCGGAUGAGGAGGGUAAUGGGAGCAGUGGCGGCGAGAAACUCAAGUAUGUCACCAAGGCGUAUAAAGACGGGAAGGGCAAGGUGCAGCUUAUACGUGUGCCCAAAUCCGACGACGACGACGAUAUCGUCGGAGAGAAACUCGACAAUGUGGCCGCCAAGGGCGAGGACGCAUCGCAGGAGGACGACCAGGGCACGGCGACGCCUUCAUCAGACGGCACCAAAACCAAGCCAGUACCCGAGUUUAGCGAUGAAGAGUACCUAAUCGCGUCCCCGGUCGUGCUUGGGUUCGCCUUUGCCGAGAAGCUGUGGCUAGAGUUCACCGUCUCGGGCGUUAAAGAAAUCCAGUGGAACGAGGCGGCGUACGAGUCGUUGGUUCUGGAACCAAAGACGAAGGAUAUCGUCAAGGCACUCGUUGAGUCUCACAAGUACCAUGCCGCCGAGAGCAUCGAUGACGUUAUUCAGGGCAAAGGCAAGGGGCUUGUUGCUGUCCUCCAUGGGCCUCCUGGCACGGGCAAGACCUUGACCGCAGAAGGUAUUUCGGAGCUGCUGAAAUGCCCCCUGUACAUGGCGUCGGCCGGUGAACUGGGAACCGACUCCCGGUUCCUCGAGAGCGAGCUCCAGAAGAUCCUAGAUAUUUGUCACGCAUGGGGUGCGAUUCUCCUCUUGGACGAGGCCGAUGUUUUCUUGGAGAAGCGCAACAUGCACGACAUCCACCGAAAUGCCCUCGUCAGCAUCUUCCUCCGGCAGCUCGAGUACUUCCAGGGCAUCUUGUUUCUGACCACAAAUCGGGUCGAGACCUUUGACGACGCUUUCCAGUCCCGCAUCCACAUCGCCUUGCGGUACGACAGCCUUGACCACCGGGCUAAGAAGGCCAUCUUCAAGAUCUUUAUCGAGCGUGUGCGGGUGCUUGAGAAGAUCAACUUAAUGCCCUUCAGCGAGGAGGACUACACGGCGCUGGCACGGCACGAGCUCAACGGGCGGCAGAUCAAGAACACGGUGCGUACAGCGCAGGCGCUGGCCGUCAACAAAGGCGAGCCCCUCGCGAUGACCCACAUUCGGCAGGUGUUGGAUGUGCAGACCAACUUUGAGCGCGAUCUCAAGGGCGGCCCCGGGUACCAGGAUGCCAUGAGGAGCUAUUUCUGA